AAACAAUAAAUUUCAAUUUCAAUUUCCGCUUCUGACUCCGUGCCCUAGCUUCUUCUUCCUCCUCCUCCUCUGCCAUUGCAGCAAGGCACACACCUCAGGCUCCAACCCAUUUCACGAGGGAUCGGAUUCGCUCGCCAUCAUGGGGAAGAAGAAGAAGAGAGUUUCCUCGAAGGUGUGGUGUUAUUACUGCGAUCGCGAAUUCGACGACGAGAAGAUCUUGGUGCAGCAUCAGAAAGCCAAGCACUUUAAGUGCCAUGUCUGCCACAAGAAGCUCUCUACCGCUGGCGGCAUGGCCAUCCACGUCCUCCAGGUCCACAAGGAAUCCGUCACCAAGGUACCCAACGCAAAACCUGGCAGAGAGAGUACGGAUAUUGAAAUAUAUGGAAUGCAAGGGAUUCCACCAGAUAUCUUGGCUGCUCAUUACGGUGAAGAAGAGGAUGAUGUUCCGUCAAAGGCAGCCAAGGUGGAUAUUCCACCAACUCAGCUUGUAGGUGGAAUGAUUCCACCUCCUUUGGGUACAGGAUAUCCUCCGCGACCAACCUUGCCCACAAUGCCACCAAUGUAUAAUCCUGCUGUACCUGUGCCUCCAAAUGCUUGGAUGGUUCCACCUCGACCUCAGCCAUGGUUUUCACAGCCUCCAGCUGUUUCAGUUCCUCCUGCUGCCCCAUACACACAGCAGCCAUUAUUUCCUGUGCAGAACGUGAGGCCUCCACUGCCAGCUACUGCUCCUGCGCUCCAAACUCAGAUUACUCCUCCUGGAUUGCCUACAUCUGCACCUGUCCCAGUUUCACAACCUUUAUUUCCUGUUGUUGGAAAUAACCAUACAACUACUCAAAGUUCAACAUUUUCUGCUCCACCUCUGCCCUCAAGUGUUCCAUCAGUUACUCCAGUGAUGUCUGCAAAUGUUCCUGUUGAUACACAUUUGAGCAGCAAUUCUUCUGUAACAAGUAGUUAUCAGGCUAUAGGGGUUCCAGGUGGAGCAGCUAGUAACUCACAUUCUUAUGCUUCUGGUCCAAAUACUGGUGGUCCUUCAAUUGGGCCUCCCCCAGUAAUUGCAAACAAAGCUCCUGCUACUCAGCCUGCCACCAACGAAGUCUACUUAGUUUGGGAUGAUGAGGCAAUGUCCAUGGAGGAAAGAAGAAUGUCUUUGCCAAAAUAUCAGGUGCAUGAUGAAAGUAGCCAGGUAAGUCAUACUACCUCUUUAAUAGAUGGAGUUGCUUUCACAUCUAACCAGAUGAGUAUAGGCUUUAUGCUUCCUGUUUUCAGAUUCAGUUGUUUACACAUUGUUUCCUAUUUAAAGAGGUACAUUCUGUAUAAAUUUUUAAUUCUUUUUUAAAAAUAAAAUAAACGGAAAAGAAAAUAUGAUCAUUUUAAUCCUCACUCUGGCUUCCAACCUAAAUGGGUAGUGCAUGCUAUUUAAUUUUGAAUGGCCUCUAUGGCUGCAAGCUAUGGCUCCAAUUUUUGUGGGCAUCUAAAGAUUCAAGUAGGUACUGUAUUAAUUUCUUUUGGUAGUUAAUUAUAAUUACCAUACCACAACAUAAUUUGUGAAGCUUGCUGCAAACUACCAUCUUCGUGAUCUUUCAUCCCAGCAUUUGUACACCGUAAAAGAGUAUGUAUAUAUGAAUUUUAUUGGGUUUGGUUUUGCCAAUGUUAUUCAUUAUCUCCCCCCGUUUGAUUCCUAAGUUUGGGGUUUUGGGUGGAAAAUGGUCUUACACAUCAGAUUUUUGCCCAUUCGUAGCAUCAUUACAAUUUAUUUUAUGGAACAAGUGAAUUCAGACUUGGCCCAGGUCAGCUUCUUUCGCAGAGUUUGGAUCUCUUGCAUAGGACCAUGCUCCAAUUAAAAUAUUUGGUUUAUUGUUGUACUUUGUGAUCUACAAUUACAUGCUGAUCAUUAUUAUCAUUUUAUCUUUCAGAUGAGCUCCAUUGAUGCAGCCAUAGAUAAGAGGAUUCUUGAGAGUAGGCUGGCUGGUCGUAUGGCAUUUUAGAUCAAUCUCAUCCAUACACUCUUGUCAAAUUUCUUCAGUGAUAAGGGCUCAAAAUGGUAUUUUAAUAAAGCUUGACAGCGCGUGUUCAAGAUUCCUUUAUUUAAGGUCCGGCAAGUAAUUGUUAUUGGUGCAAUUCUUUGCCAAAAUGGGCAAUGGGCCCUACGGUUAUGGUGGAAUCGAAGGAAAAAUAUUGAAAUGGUUCUGAUUUCUUACUUCUUAGGAAGUUGCAAAACUUUGUUUAUUUCUCAUUUCAUACCUUUUCUCCCGUUGAUGUUUGUAGUCAACCUUUAGGACGUGAUACUCAAAAGAGUAUUAUAUAUUUGCUGUAAUCAGAUUAUUACAUGUUUUGGGUGGAAAAUUGACGGCAAUUUUUGGUUGGUUAUAUGCUUCGUAAUUAGUCUCUCUAAUUGUGUAAAAGACAGCAAAAGGUGUACUUUGGUGGAGAGACAAAAAUACAUAUUGGACAUUAAUUUGUUGCUAAUA